AGUUUGUGCUCUCCCUCCUGCGCCCGCAGCCCGGACCGCGGCCGGGCUCUCGGCGGUGCAGCUGGUGGGGGGCUGCGGGGGAGCCCCGCUGCCGGGAAGAUGCGACUGGGCUGGAGCAACUUCCUGAAGUUAUCAGGACUUAUGGUAGCAUCGGUGUGUGCUUGGUAUUUGGGAUACAUAUUUGCAGAUAUCGUACCUGAAAAUUCGCUAUCAUCAGCUAUCGAAAAUCUUCAGAGUAUUGGAGAGAAACCAGUACUUAAGGCGCCACCCCCCAAAAGACAGAAAUGUGACCAUUGGUCUCCGUGCUCACCUGGAAGCUAUGCUUAUCGUUUACUCAGUGGUGGUGGCAAGGAAAAGUUUGCCAAGAUUUGUUUUGAAGAUGAGCUGCUCAUAAGUGAACAGAAGGGUAAUGUUGGAAGAGGUAUAAACAUUGCCAUUGUGAAUUAUAAAACAGGAAAAGUUAUAUCUACAGAGUUUUUUGACAUGUGGGAAGGAGACUUCUCAGGACCCAUGACUACUUUCAUUAAAAAUGCACCUCAAGGGUCACUUCUUUUGAUGGUGACCCAUGAUGAUGGAAGCACCAGAUUAAAUGAUGGUGCAAAAAAAGCAAUAGCAGAGCUUGGCAGUAAAGAAAUAUGGAACAUGAAGUUCAGGUCAAGCUGGGCCUUUAUAGCUGCCAAAGGUUUCAACCUACCAGAUAACAUUCAAAAAGAAAAGAUCAACCAUUCUGACAAUAGCAAGAACAGAUAUAAUGGCUGGCCAGCUGAAAUCCAGAUAGAAGGUUGUAUCCCAGUAGACCUGAUCUGAUCUUACAUUUUGCUAAUAAAGUCAUAUAAAUUAUUUUUAUAUAUGGUUGCAGUCAUAAAAUCGAUAAGAUCUAAACAGCUGCUAUAAAUUAAUAAAGUCAUAUAUACAAUUUUAA